UGACGGCGGGUCCACCUGACGUUUGCUUUGCUUGCAGGAGGAGCAGGAGGCAAGAUGUCAUGCACGGAAAUCCGCUCACGCAGUGCCGUGGAUUCAAUCUGAAAGCCUACCGGAACGCGGCAGAGAUGACGCAGUACGGCGUGCGGAACAACACCACCUUCCUGGAGUGCCUGCCCAAGCCGCCUCAGGCGUCCAUCCGCUGGCUCAUCCACAGAGACGACGACAGGAGGAAAGAGGUCAGGUCAUGUCCCAGCGUCCCCGCGGCCACUUUCACUUUGACGCCAAACGAGGCUUGAUGAAGUCCGUAAUGGCCCUCUGAAUGCAAGCAGCUGG